AUGUCGCUCUAUUCUGCAGGAAACUGCCUCAGGCCAGUAGUGCGGCAAUUGUCGUCUGCUUCACGCGGCUUCUCAACAACCCCGACCAUUCUCUCCAAUGCCGUCCCACCAGAAUCUCCCUCUUACAUCCGACUUCCUUCCCCUCCUCAGUCUCAAACCGACGAAGCCAAACCACCUCGAGUAAGAGGUUCACUGCCAGUGCCGCGACAGGUGUUCCUUCGGUCCGAAGGCGAUCGUAAAAUCAAGCCCGAUUAUAUCAACAAGACAGCCCCGAGAUCUGCCAAUGCGCGGGAACCCAAAAACGAUUCUCAGAGAUGGAAGAGAGAGAUGGCUGAGACCCGAAGAACGAAUCUUGAGCAAGGUUUGAAGGCACUCUAUACACGCCGCGAAAAGAGCGACGCAAUUAGAAAUGCCCGUGUCAGCCGCAAAUUCAAGGAACACAACGAGGCUGCUGCUGCGCCCGAAAGAGAAGACGACCGGCUCACGCGAAGCACCGUUCUGGACGCUAUUCUGGACACCAAAACAUACCCCGAUCCAGAACGCUUUGCCCGUGCCCAGCGCAGCCAGGUCAAGGUCCAGAAGAAAGAGAAAGCCAAAUACGAAGCUCGACGGGAUGCCCUCAUGGAGCUGUACAUUAACGCCUCCAACUUCAUCGUCCAGGAAAGCGAGCUCAAGGCUGAGAUUGAUGAGAUUUUCAGCGAGGACUACUUCAGGAAACAAAGCCAAUACUUCCAACGGUAUGGUACAACCGAGAACGCUUGGGGCAUCUACGGAAAGCCUCCCUCCAUUGCCAAUAUGCUGGAAACCACAACUGGAAAUUCGACCAAGCUCAUGGAUUACUAUGAGUCCGAGUAUGAUCGCUCCGUUAAGCGACAGAAGAGAAUUGCUGAGGAGUUUACGGGAGGCAAAAUGGAGUAG